AUGAUUCCAGGAAGUCGUUUGCCGAGCAACCCCGCCUCUCCUGUUGCAGCCCACGGCCCUGCCCACCAGCCCCAGCUCCCGACAAGCUGGGCGACAUGGGCACAAUAUGAUCUUGCCCAGGCCGAGGCGGAGCUUCAUCGUCUGCAGGAGCGCCACGCCACCGAGACGGACUCUGUGAAACGGGGGGUAGAGCGCGCCAUCCUGGGAGCUCGCAGAGAGGAGCGCCGCCUGCUGGAGCGGGUAGAGCAGGACCAUCGUGAUACUCAGCAGCACCUGGAGCAGGUCCAGAGGGAGAAUGUAGCAGCAGCCAGAGUCAGCCAGUCCCUGCUGGACCAAAGACUCAGAAAAUUGGUUAUCCUUCAGCAGCGAAUUCAGGAAGCAUCUCCAAACCAGAAUCUCUUGCUGAAGGAGGUUGCGGAGUUCCUCCAACCCUGGGAAGUUUCUGUUUCCUUGAAGAAAGUGACCUUCAAGCCCAGCUCCCAACCAAACGCUGUCACCUUUGGAGACAUCAGAGUGCAGGACCAGAAUAUAUCUCUGCAUGCCGGAGCAUGUGGUCCGCACGGGCAGCUGUGUGCUCUCCAUUCUCAGGAGAUGCCGUCUGCUGAGACGAGUCACCAAAUUCUCAGAGAAGAUAGAUGCCCAGAGGAACAGGGAUGGACAUCCACAAAAGACUCAACGGUCAAAAAAAUUAGCUUGUCUUACUCGUGUGACCCAGAAGCAGAAGAGGAGCCAAUGACUUCCUUGACCCAUAAAUGGCCUCCAAAGUUGGAACCGUCGUCUAGAUUAAAAUCCCCCGAAUCAUCAUGUGGGGAAAAUAUUCCAACUGUCCUUAAGACUGAUAGCAGAGAAUAUGAUUGGUCAAUAAGCAGCAAUAGCGAACUCCUCGCUCCCAGGAACAAGAGGACACCACCUGCUGUCUCCUCACCUGAGGGGAGUCGGGUACAUGUUGGUCCUCCUCAUGCUGUAAAUUUAGAUAACCAGGGUGCGGCCAAUGGAAAGCCCAAUCCAGGCAGUGGAUUUCGGAGGGCUGGAAAGAGAUCUCUGUCAUCUCCUAGGAGGAGGCAGAGGGAGCCUGCAGCCAGCCACAGCUGCCUGGACCUCACCACUCGAGGACGUCCUCACUCAUGCCUCAGCCAGUCCUCGGAUGAGCACUCCCUCGGGACACUCUGCGAUUCCGGUCGAGCACCUUCACCAGCGGACAGCCUGGACUCCAGCUACACCUUUGUGGUCGGCCCUUCUCGUGACUACGGUGUGAACAGAAGCUCUCUGAGCUACAACGGGCGCCUGUCGAAGUCUGCUGUGGACUUGACUCACAGGACACGCCCCCUGAUCAGCGCUGGGCCGAAUGAACGUGUGGGAGCUUGGACAGUCAAUUGCAGCAACUUCAGCUCAUCUUCGCCGCCUCCCAGUGGGGAACUGGGGGUGUUUGACAGGGGACAGGCGGUGUCAUAUCAGGUCCCAACUAGCGACUCGACUCAGCCGCUAGUCGGCAGGUCUCUCUCUCUGUCUGUCUUAGAUGUAUCCUUGCAUGAGCCCAAAAGAGGCCGAGGUCUAGCUCUGGCAGGAGUGCAGGAGGAAGGAGAAUCUUCUUGGUUCACACCAAGGGAAGGCCUUCCAAUCCACCAGUUUGGGAAGCAAGGGUCAGGUCGGGCGGACCUCACCCUGCCGAGUGGUAUCUACUGCACACCACAUGGGCAGCUCUUCAUCGUGGACUGUGGGAAUGCUCGUGUUCAGGUCACAGACCCUCGGGGCAAUGUCCUCCAGCAAAUCACAUCCCCGAACUCUGAGGGCUUGGCCAGGCGAUGCAGGAAUUUCUUUGACAUAGCAGUCAACAGCAAGGGCCUAAUCGCACUGAGCUGUGCAGCGGAGCGAUCUCUACUGGUGUUCAACCGACACGGCCGACUCCUUCAGACCUUCGGAGGGUCAGGUUUGGGCUCUGCAAAAGAUGAGCUGGAGGCUCCCAGGGGUGUGACGGUGACACAGUUGGACGAGUUCUUGGUAGCUGAUAUCCGUAAAGGUACCCUCAUCGCCUUAAAGCUGGACUAUAAGACUGGUUCACGUUUAGAGCGCACCAUCGUGACUGGAUUCCACCGGCCUUACUUGGUGGCAGCUUGCGUGAGCUCAGGAAUGGUCGCCGUGUCUGAGAGAGGCACAGAAACAGGCCGUGUGCCCUGCAUCAAAGUCCUGGAGCCAGGCUGGAGCACAGUACGAGUUCUGGGGGUGUGCUCGGCCAUGGGGCCUGUCCUGCACUGCCCCUGGGGUGUCUGUAUCGACUCUAAGGGCAGCGUGCUGGUGGCCGACUGGGGGGAAACCCACAGGGUCCUGGUGUACCCGACAUACGGAGCGGGGUGGACGUUAGUGACCCAGGGUUUAAGUAGUCCACGUGGGAUUACACUGCUGCCAGAGGGCCAUCUCGCUGUGUGUGACAGCAUGAACCACUGUGUGAAGGUCUACCAGUACAUGGCCAAUCAACACUAAAGAAAUAUCAGAGUCGAGGCAUCCCCUAUGACACCAUGACGAUGCUAUUUAAUCACUGAAAUACACGUUUGAUUGAUUUACAUUUAAUCCCACCUGCUUUUUUUAUUGAUUUAAGUUGACCAAAAUAACAUUUUCAAGUUUAGACCUGUGUGUUUCUGAGCGUCUGUGCCUUUUAAGGCGGUAAGCUUGACCGUACAUCGGGGUGUCCACACUUGUUCCAUCGAGGGUCGCAUACAGAAAGAUUAAAAGCAUGUGGUGGCCACUUUGAUACGUUUUGUACAAUAAAGAUGCUAAAACUAAUCCAGUGUAUUUCAAUAUAUGCUUAUGCAUAAUGAAUUCAUUUUAUUUUUACAAUAUGCCAAGGACCAAUAAAAAAAUCGAGCUGCGGGACAAAAAUGGCCAACAGGUGGCACUUUGGACACCCCUGCCAUACAUGAAGCUGAUUACAAAUAUUCAUCAAUGACUUGCAUUAAAAAAAAUAACUACAAAGUAGAAUAUCAGUCACCACAACCCCAAUGCCAUUU